UAAAGAAGUGGAAGUGCCAAAGGGGGAGGUAACGGGGCGGCCUGGGUUGUGGCGGUUCCCUGGUGAUUGCACGCUGGGGUUGAGGCGUCUCCCGAUAUUCGGACGAUGCCGUGACGCGGCAUGGCGACACUGUUGGCUGUGUGAGCACACCCUGUAGAGGGAGCCCUUCGGUCCUGGAGGCGGCGCGGCGUGGAGACAGGUUGCUGUUUGAGAGCGCUCUCUCGAAGCCCCUCAGCGAGUGGGGGAGGGGCGGCGGACGGCGAGCGGUCCCGGUCUGCGCUUGCGCUGGCGCCUCUGCCGACCCGGCCUGCACGCACGCGCAUGCCUGUAGCGCGCGGAGCCGCGGUGGCCGGCAGCACUACGCUUGCGCGGUGAGGAACCCGCUAAGGAGCGGCGCUGGCGGACGUCGGGCUGGCGGCCCGUGACGUCGUGAGGAGAGCUUUAAAGUGCGGGCCGGGCCGGGCGUCCGAGGGUCUGGUCUGGAGUCGGGCUGCGUCUCCACAGCAGCCCCCCGCGGCAUGAGGCGCUGCCGGCGCCCCUGCCCCCCGGGACGUGGAGAAGGUGGAGGAGGAAGAAGCCCCGUUGUCGUUGCAUGACCCGCCGCCCCUGAGGCCCGACCCCACGCCCGGACCCUCGACGCCCCCCGCCGGGUCCCCAGCUCACGUAUGGGAGUUGGGCGCUAAGGACCCCCUUUCCCUCCGGGGUCCCCGGGGCGCGUCCCCCUAGAGCCAUGCCCGGCUGCCCCGCCCGCCCCGGAGGACCCUAGAGCAGCGUCGUGGGGGCCAUGGCGGCCGCCAGCGGCUACACGGACCUGCGUGAGAAGCUCAAGUCCAUGACGUCCCGGGACAACUACAAGGCCGGCAGCCGGGAGGCCGCCGCUGCAGCUGCCGCCGCCGUAGCCGCCGCAGCCGCGGCCGCCGCCGCCGCCGAACAUUACCCGGUGUCCGGGGCCAAGCGCAAGUAUCAGGAGGACUCGGACCCCGAGCGCAGCGACUACGAGGAGCAGCAGCUGCAGAAGGAGGAGGAGGCGCGCAAGGUGAAGAGCGGCAUCCGCCAGAUGCGCCUCUUCAGCCAGGACGAGUGCGCCAAGAUCGAGGCCCGCAUCGACGAGGUGGUGUCCCGCGCCGAGAAGGGCCUGUACAACGAGCACACGGUGGACCGGGCCCCACUGCGCAACAAGUACUUCUUUGGCGAAGGCUACACUUACGGCGCCCAGCUGCAGAAGCGCGGGCCCGGCCAGGAGCGCCUCUACCCGCCGGGCGACGUGGACGAGAUCCCCGAGUGGGUGCACCAGCUGGUGAUCCAAAAGCUGGUGGAGCACCGCGUCAUCCCCGAGGGCUUCGUCAACAGCGCCGUCAUCAACGACUACCAGCCCGGCGGCUGCAUCGUGUCUCACGUGGACCCCAUCCACAUCUUCGAGCGCCCCAUCGUGUCGGUGUCCUUCUUUAGCGAUUCUGCGCUGUGCUUCGGCUGCAAGUUCCAGUUCAAGCCUAUUCGGGUGUCGGAACCAGUGCUUUCCCUGCCGGUGCGCAGAGGGAGCGUGACUGUGCUCAGUGGAUAUGCUGCUGAUGAAAUCACUCACUGCAUACGGCCUCAGGACAUCAAGGAGCGCCGAGCGGUCAUCAUCCUCAGGAAGACGAGAUUAGAUGCACCCCGAUUGGAAACAAAGUCCCUGAGCAGCUCCGUGUUACCACCCAGCUAUGCUUCAGAUCGCCUGUCAGGAAACAACAGGGACCCUGCUCUGAAACCCAAGCGGUCCCACCGCAAGGCAGACCCUGAUGCUGCCCACAGGCCACGGAUUCUGGAGAUGGACAAGGAAGAGAACCGGCGCUCAGUGCUGCUGCCCACACACCGGCGGAGGGGUAGCUUCAGCUCUGAGAACUACUGGCGCAAGUCCUACGAGUCCGCAGAGGACUGCUCCGAGGCGGCAGGCAGCCCUGCCCGAAAGGUGAAGAUGCGGCGGCACUGAGGUCUACCUGCCGCCCUCCUGAGAACUCUGGCUAAUCCUAUGUAGUUUCCCCUCCUUUUGUUUUGAGGGUUUUGUUUUUGUUUUGGGGGGGGUUGUUUUAUUUUUUGAUUCUAUAUAUUUUUCCUUGGUUUUGUUUGCCUGUUAAGGCUGAAAAAUAGAAUUGGCCAGGACCUAGGUUCUCAUAUUCUUGGUAUUCCUCCUGGAUGUAAAGGCUGUUGGCAUCUGUAGGGGACAGAGGCUGAUGGUAGAGUGGCCAGUAGAGGUGGUGGAGCAGAGCAGCCAUCUUUAAGUGAGGCUGUAUCAGGCUGGGUUUAUUUAAAAGCAACAAAUGUUUUGGUUAAGAAAAUUAUUUUGCUUUCAAUGUAAAUUUUCGCAGUGUUCUAAACAAAGAUCAGUCUUCUGCCCGCCCCUUUCCUCCACUGAUGUCUGCACUUGGUUGAGGUCUGGAGCCUUACGGGCUCUACAUUGCGCCUGCUGUUCUCCACUUCUCACCUGCCGUCCGCACCCUGCAAGCUCAUGCAAACACCCUUUCUUCCUCCUGCGGCAGAGUUGUUCAGGUUGCCUGGGCAGGGGCUUAAACAGUGCCAGCCCCUGACAUCCCAAAGCUAUUUGUUAAGCCCCCCAGGCUUCCUCCACCCACACCCACUAGCCUGCUCUGUCCACAUUUCCUUGGGCUGCCGAGGGGCUAAUGCAGUGGUCCUGACCUCUCUUGUCAAGAGCACACUUGUUUGCUGGUUGCUCCUUUUGAGCAUAUGUGUGUGAUUAUUUGGAACAGUUAGACUUGCCACGUUGGGUCAGUUUUAGGAAUUGUUUCUAGCUAGAGGGACUGGUGUCCUUCCGAGUCUAGCAUUUUGGGUAUGGAAAAUUGUUGUGGUGUGUGGUAGGGUUUUUGUUUUGUUUUGAGUUCCCCUUCGCCCUUUGGUCUCCUGGCUUCUUCCUUUUCCUUUCCUUCUCCAUUGGCCAGCUUGGACCUCCUCCUCAUGUCAUCCUUCUAGGAAGGUGCCUGCCUGCUCUGUCCGCCAGCAGCAUGCAUUUAAGGCCAGAGCUCAGGCCUGCAGACUGGGCUGGUGCCUCUUCUGCCUCAGGGCAUGGGAGUUGGUGGAGGGGCUUUCAAAAAAUAAUAAUCAGAAAAAAUGUAAAGUCUUCGGUAGUUUCCACUCACUCAGAUCCUGGAAGGCAGCAAGGUUUUGUGGAUCUAGAUUCAUUAGGAAUGUCUUCUUGUCAGCCAGGCCAGGACCCGGGUUUGCCAAGAGCAGAGGCCCUCCCAGCAGCCAGGCUACCACCACUUUGGGGCUUUGUGUACAGAGGUCCAGGCCUGAGACCUCAUAGGCUGCAGAAAUCUGGGGCAGCCACCAUCAAGAAGCCCCUCUCAGGGGCCAGAACUCCUUUGCCAGCGUGGAUUUCUUAAGUCGGGACUGCAUAAUUAAAGCAGUUGCAGUUUUAUUUUUUUUACAGCUUUUUUCCCAAAAAUGAUUUGUAGUUGUGUGUGCAGCACUUUGCCCUGAUAUGUGUGCUCUACAAUAAAAACCAAAUCUAAUAUAUUUUGAAA